CUACCCCUUCAUAUAGUAACUGUUCGAUUAUCCUCCGCCCAAAUAACGCCCCAUUACGGCUGUCUUUUCCCUAUAUAUAUAUACCCACCCCUUGUGUGUCUCUUGGGAAAGGCAGUCUUUUAUUUUUCCUUCUCUUUCUCAUUCUUUCUUCAAUUAAUAACCAAUCAAAGUGCUCUCUUUGCUUUUCCCUGUUUUAUAAGUCAUCGAACUGUUGUUUUUCUUGAUCUCUCCUUCAUUCCCGUUUCUGGUUUUUUUUUCUUUUUUUUGAGUUUUUAGUAGGUAGCCAUGAAUGCUCUUGCUGCAACCAACCGCAAUUUCCGACUAGCGUCUCGUUUACUUGGGUUAGACUCUAAGCUUGAAAAGAGUCUUCUGAUCCCUUUUAGAGAAAUCAAGGUGGAGUGCACGAUUCCCAAGGACGAUGGAACCUUGGCGACUUACGUUGGAUUUAGGAUCCAACAUGAUAAUGCUCGUGGCCCAAUGAAAGGUGGAAUCAGAUAUCAUCCUGAGGUCGAGCCCGAUGAAGUAAAUGCUCUGGCUCAACUAAUGACAUGGAAGACGGCUGUAGCAGCCAUUCCUUACGGCGGUGCAAAAGGUGGCAUUGGAUGCAAUCCUAGGGAUUUAAGUAAGAGUGAAUUGGAACGUCUAACUCGCGUCUUCACUCAGAAGAUCCAUGAUCUUAUCGGUAUACAUACAGAUGUUCCUGCACCAGAUAUGGGGACUAAUGCGCAGACCAUGGCAUGGAUUCUGGAUGAAUACUCUAAGUUCCAUGGACACUCACCAGCUGUUGUCACAGGAAAGCCAAUAGAUCUAGGUGGAUCACUAGGCAGGGAGGCUGCAACUGGCCGUGGUGUUGUAUAUGCAACUGAAGCGUUACUUGCUGAAUAUGGGAAGUCAAUUAAGGGAAUGACCUUUGUUAUCCAGGGUUUUGGUAAUGUUGGGUCUUGGGCAUCAAGGCUCAUACAUGAGAAGGGUGGUAAGGUUAUUGCAGUGAGUGACAUAACUGGCGCUCUUAAGAACCCAAACGGAAUUGAUAUACCAGAACUGCUAAAGCAUAAAGAAGCUACUGGAAGUUUGAAAAGCUUCAAUGGUGGAGAUUCCAUGGAUCCAAAUGAACUGCUUGUAGAUGAAUGUGACGUUCUCAUCCCGUGUGCCUUAGGUGGAGUCCUUAACAGGGAAAAUGCUGCAGAUGUGAAGGCAAAGUUUAUAAUAGAGGCAGCAAACCAUCCUACAGAUCCAGAAGCAGAUGAGAUUCUAUCAAAGAAAGGAGUAAUAAUACUACCCGAUAUAUAUGCAAAUGCAGGAGGGGUGACUGUCAGCUACUUUGAGUGGGUUCAGAACAUUCAAGGUUUCAUGUGGGAUGAAGAGAAAGUGAACCAGGAGCUGAAGAAAUACAUGACUAAAGCUUUUCAUAACAUCAAGAACAUGUGCCAGUCGCACGACUGCAAUCUCCGGAUGGGCGCAUUUACACUUGGGGUGAACCGUGUUGCCCGUGCAACUAUCCUGAGAGGAUGGGAAGCAUAAACGCCUCCCUUCUGGCUUUUAUUUCUCUUAGUUUGUAGUCUCCUUUGAAAAGCACAAGCAAUUACUUUCAAGAAUUCAUAGCUUACCCCUCCAAAGCGUUUUUUAACUUUUUAUGGUUCUCCCAUUUAUCCUUGAUGAAACUUUAUACAAACUCCAAAUUUAUACUUAUAUUUAUUAGGGGGGAUACCUGUAUCAGCUUUGUAUUUGGAAUAGUCCCAUUCAAUGUGUUCAAUAUUCUUUCAA